AUGGAGAUCUAUCCUCUACCGCAGAUCAACCAGAUGGUGGACUCGACAGCUAGCUGUGAACUCAUUUCCAUGCUCGAUGCAUACCAAGGCUACCACCAGGUCCUGCUCGCCAAGGAAGACCAGAAGAAGAUUUCAUCUCAACCGUUCCAUCAAAUCUGGAUUGAUCAGGACCGUCGGAUCAAAUCUGGAGAAAUAAAAUCCCCAAAGCUCUCUCAUUCCGUUUGGCAACAACCUGAUCAUUGUGCGCGUUUCUUCCUCGCGACAGAGCUAGGGCAUCGACGGCCGGCGGCCACUUCUCCUGAUUCAUUGCCGCCAGCUGGAGCUUGUCCCUCACCUCUCGCGGGCAUCUCCUAUCCACAGCCACACUUCCUCUUCGGGAUUUCCAGCGGCGUGCGGGCUAGGGCAGCAACGACGGCAAGCCAUUCCAGGCGGCAAGCUUCGGCUCCGAUCAUCCACCUCACCGGAGGGGUUCUUCGAUUUGAUGUUUUUCAUAACAUUGUUGUUGCAGAAUACUUUCACUGGAAUAUGCUACGAAACCUUGCUGGCAUCUAUUAUGAACAAAGUCAACUUGACAUGGCAAUUCUGCAUUACAAGCAAGCUAUCAACUGUGAUUCUACCUUUAUUGAAGCUUACAAUAAUCUGGGGAAUGCUCUCAAAGACGCUGGACAUGUGGAAGAGGCUAUCAACUUCUAUAGGUCAUGCCUUGCUUUACAACCUAACCAUCCACAAGCAUUGUCAAGCCUUGGCAACAUAUACAUGGACUGCAACAUGAUGAGUGUUGCUGCAUCAUUCUAUAAGGCAACUUUAGCAGUUACAAUAGGGAUAUCUGUGCCCUUCAACAACUUGGCUAUUAUAUACAAGCAACAGGGAACUUAUGCAGAAGCGAUAGCCUGUUACAAUGAAGUUCUUCGCAGACUGCUGCUGAUGGUCUUGUCAAUAGAGGGAACACAUUUAAGGAGAUUGGUAGAGUUACUGAAGCAAUUCAGGAUUAUAUACGUGCUGUGAAUAUCAUACCAACUAUGCCUGAAGCCCAUGCAAAUUUGGCUUCAGCUUACAAAGAUAGGUAAUUUCUUCUUUGAAUUUGUGCUGGUGUUGGACUAUAUCAGUAUCUUACAUCUAUGAUUCUUCUUUCUAUUUAUUUGUGGUUGAGAUAAUUGAUGAACGUUUCUCUUUUU